UUGAGACCUGGAGACCGACUGGAGAUGCAUCCGUGGAGCUCGAGGCUGCCGAGACCCGCCUCCACCCGCCACAAAUUCCGUUACUCGGGGAAAAACGGAUUUAACAUGGCGCACUUUCUGGGAAAUAAUUUGAGUUAGUUCGCGGCCGGUUAAGUGGAAUAUCGCUUGUUGUUCAUUUUUCUGAGGUCCAUGAAAACAUUGUUGUAGGAGAGCGCAGCGUUUCUGUGGCUGUUUGGGAAGCGAACUGCCAUGGGAUGAAAGUUUGAAGUUGCUGCCGCUGUGUAUAAAGCUAGAACAGGAUGGAGAAGCAUCGACCGAAGAAAGAAAGGUUCUCUCUCUUUGGCCCUCGCUCUUCUGGCCGAAGCACCAACCCUCCCUCUUCCUCCUCUUCAUCCUCUACCUCUGCUCCCCCCAUCCCUCCCACUCUCUGCAAGACAGACCCUCAUCCCUCCAUCCCUCCCUCUCUCCGUAAGACAGACCCUCAUCCCUCCAUCGCUCCCUCCAUCCCUCCUGGGCCUCCUAUCCUUUCUAAGACAGAGUUUUUGGAAGCAGUGCGUUGCAGUAACCAGGCGUGCCAGCGGGGGCAGUACAGCCAGGCGGUGCAGCUCUAUGGGAAGGCCCUAUCUGCAGACCCUCAGAACUGCAUCCUGUACAGUAACCGCUCAGCGGCCCAUCUCCGCCUUGGACAGUACCAGACUGCCCUGGACGACGCCCUCAAAGCCCGCCUGCUCAACCCCAAAUGGCCAAAGGCGUACUUCCGUCAGGGCGUGGCCCUGCAGUACCUUGGUCGCCAUGCCGACGCCCUUGCAGCAUUUGCCUCUGGUCUGGCGCAGGACCCCAAGAGUCUCCAACUAUUGGUGGGCAUGGUCGAGGCUGCCAUGAAGUCCCCACUACGAGGUGCGCUGUGUGUUUUACUUGUGCUCAGGUUCAUAACGCUUUAUCUGUACUACUUAAGCUGAAGCUGCAUCUUGUGACAUCAUCCACGCUGAAUCAGACGGCUUCACUUGUCUCAGUGAAAAUACAGAAACGCAAAGCGUGGCUGUUUAGGAACCUUUCCUAGAUAAACCAAAUAAGUUGGAGAUGGUUCCAUCAGUCUGAGUCAUCAUUCCCUAAUUUGACAUCAUCUCUUAUUUUACCCACAAUCCAUCAUUUCUUUAUAUACCCACAACCCCGGGGACAAGACGUGGGCGUGUCAAAGGCCCAGGGAGAAAAGACAGAGCGAUGGCAGAAAAUAAAGAGAUGGAGGUAGAUGAGGGUGUGAGAAUGAUCAUUUUUGUUCUCACAAAAGAGGAGUCAGUAAAAGAAGAAAGGCAGGAGAAAGAGAGACGGAAGAUAAUGAGGAAGAGAGAAUAGCGAGAGAGUAAUGGAAGAUAAUGAGGAAGAGAGAAUAGCGAGAGAGUAAUG